AUGAAAGUUUCAAAAGAGAAGAGUAGGAAAGGAGUCAAGUCAAAGCCAAAGACUUCUAGGAAGCCUUUGUCAUUGAAACAAAAAUUACAAAGGGAGUCUAAAAUUGUAAAGGUUGACAACUUAAACUGGAAAGCAGUCGAUAUACCUGACAAUUUAGAUGAUUAUCAAGGGUUCUACGGAUUAGAGGAAAUUGACGGAGUUGAUGUUAAAGUUACUGGAGGUAAUGUCGAGUUUGUCGUUAAGAAUAAUUCUAAAGUAAAAAACAGUGAUAAUGAAGAGGAUGAUGACGUUGUUCAUGAUGAUGAUGUCAACGAUGACGAUGAUUUCAACGAUGAUGUGGAUAUUGAAGACGAUGAGGAUGAAAUUAUUGAAAGCGAUAAUGAAGACGACUUCAAAGGAUUUGAUGACGAUAAUGCGAUUAAUGAGGAUGAUAAAAUGGAUAUUGAAAGUACAAAUAAGGAAAAUAAAUCCAAGAAGGAAGUUCAGCCAAAAAAUGAGAAAGUUGCAAAGAAGGAUGCUUUAUUAGAGAGUGCCUUCAAAAACGUUGAUUUGACUCUACCAGAUGAUAACGAAGUUAAUUUGCCAUAUUGGGAUGAUUUGUCAUUAAGUUCAUUUACAUUAAAUGGGUUAUCAGCUUUGAAAUUUGAAAAGCCAACUGCAAUUCAAAAAAGAACAAUUCCUCUUGCAAUUGAAGGAAAAGAUGUUAUUGGUAAAGCAAUCACUGGUUCAGGUAAGACUCUUGCUUAUGGGAUACCAAUAUUAGAACGUCAUUUACAGAAAAUGUCGAAAGCUAAUCAGGGCAAGAAGAAGGUAAUAAAUCCACCAACUGGAAUAAUUUUUGCUCCUACUAGAGAAUUAGCACAUCAAGUCGUAGACCAUUUAAAUAAAAUUGCUAAGUUUACUCCAUUAUCACAACAUGGUAUAGUGAGUAUUACUGGUGGUCUUUCUAUUCAAAAGCAAGAAAGGUUAUUGUCUCAUGGACCGGGUAUAGUCGUGGCAACCCCUGGAAGAUUCUUAGAAUUACUACAAAAGGAUAUGGCGUUAGUCCAACGAUUAUCAUGUACUGAUAUAGUUGUGUUAGAUGAAGCUGAUAGGUUAUUACAAGAUGGUCAUUUUGAUGAAUUUGUAAAAAUAUUGGAGCUAUUUGGAAAACACAGACCUAGGGAUAAUAAAGAACUAGAAUGGAAAUGGCAGACAUUAGUUUUUAGUGCAACUUUUUCAAGAGAUUUAUUUGGUAAAUUAGAUAAACACUUGAAAAGUAAUAAAAAUAAAGAGGAAAUGGGUAGCUCUUUGAUUGAUAAUGAUGAAAUUUUACAAUUAUUAAACGACAAAUUGAAAUUCAAAGACUCAAAGCCAACAUUGGUUGAUGCAAAUCCAAAAGAAAUGGUUGCAGGACAAAUUACAGAGGCGUUAGUUGAAUGUGGACCUACUGAAAGAGACUUGUAUUUGUAUUAUUUCCUUUUAUUAUAUCCCGGAUCAACAUUAGUAUUUGCAAAUUCUAUUGAUUCAGUUAAGAGGUUAGCGCCUUUUUUGAAUAACUUGAAAGUUCCUACAUUUUCAAUUCAUUCAUCAAUGAUCCAAAAGCAAAGAUUAAGAACUUUAGAGAGAUUCAAGGAAGCAAGUUCAAAAAAUUCUACCGCAGUUUUAAUAGCAUCAGAUGUGGCAGCUAGAGGAUUGGAUAUUCCAAAUAUUGAUCAUGUUGCUCAUUACCAUUUACCAAGGUCCGCCGAUGUAUAUAUUCAUAGAUCAGGUAGAACCGGAAGAGCUGGAAAAGAAGGUGUCUCUAUUAUGUUUUGUUCACCUCAGGAAGCAUCUGGUCCGUUAAGAAAAUUAAGGAAAUUAGUUGCAAAUAAUACGAAGAAAAGAACACGCUUAAACGCCCAUAACGAUGUUAAGUUACUUCCACUUGAAAUGGAUCUUGUUUCGCAAAUUAAACCAAGAGUAACACUUGCUUCAAAGUUAGCUGAUGCUGAGAGAUCUUCCUCGUCUACUAGAAAAGAAGACAACUGGGUUCAUGAAGCGGCAGAAGAAUUAGGUAUUGACAAUUUAUCGGACAUCGAUAAUUUUGAAGAUGACUUUAUCAAAAGACAAAGAAAGAGAAAAGAAAAUAAGGCGUUGACUAAGGAUGAAUCAAGAAGCUUGAGAUUGGAAUUAAAUGAUUUACUCUCCAAACAAAUAAGAAAAAACUCGAGAAGAUCAUAUUUAACGAGUGGAUUGCAAAAUUUGGCACAUCAGAUGGUAACUGGUAAUACACAUAAAGACGUUUUAGGUCACGCUAGCGUUAAUGCAUUAGAUGAUUUAAGAACCAAGAAAGCUAUUAAAAAGAAGCAAAUCAAAACAAAGAAAGCAAAGGAUAAGAAGUAA